AUGGGGAGUGUGUGGUUAAAUUUUGGUGGGAUUUGGAGCUUCAACACCGCCGGUGGCGAAUCCGGCGGGUGGCAGGCGGUGGUGAGAUAUGGAGAUGAGAGAGAAGCUUGUGGGCGCCUGAUUUCCCAAAACUUGAAUCGCUUUCCCUUUGUUCUCCAGUUUCGAUCAGUGGAGUUCAGGCAUAUUCCAAGGAUCCAUAAUGAGGUUGCCAAUGCUUUUGCCACCUUGGCGUCAAUGUUGCGCCAUCCGGACAAAGCUUAUGUCGACCCUCUGCAUAUUCAAGUUCGUGAUCAGCAUGCCUAUUGUAAUGUGGUUGAGGAAGAACUAGACGGUGAACCGUGGUUCCAUGACAUCAGGGAGUACAUCAGAAUGGGGGUAUAUCUGAUACAGGCCACAGGCGAUCAAAAGAGGAAAAUUCGGCAUUUGGCUAGUGGAUUUUUCUUGAGCUGA